CCCCAGUGACAUUUCGCCGGUUCCGUGCGGAAGCUACGACGAAGAAAGGGGGAAGAUGCACUUGCGCGGCACAUGAAAUUUGACUGUUCCCAGCCCUAAAGAGCCCACCCUCUUCCUUGGCGUUUUCUUACAAGAGACUGAUUACUCUCGUAAGGUGCAACUUCGCCCUUGCUUACGGCCUGCUUGGCGUGACGGAGCAAACAUUCUUCCCUUUACGGCAAGGGAACGGCAGCCUCGUUGGAACGUCUCCUACUUCCUCUCGUUCCAUCUCAAAUGUAGGCAACUUAACCCUCACCAAUACAUGUCGUCGUGAAGGAAGAGGCCGCCAUUCCGCGUUGAGCCAGCGACCAAUACACAUCGUACUCCACACAGCUCUGGACGUUUCAACUCGAAAUAUUUUCAACCACCAAGCCCUGACCUAGGUCAGAGCGUAGCGUGUGCCAUGGCGCUCCUCGACAACACAGCAGAAAUGAAAGCACCUACAACAUCUGCCAACACGAAAGUGAACACUUCCUCGCAGAUUCAGCAGACAGUUUCAUCGUUUUCACCAGAGGGCCCGGACAGAACCUGCAGUCAACAGUUACAUGGAUACGGAACUCGAGGACAAGGCAUCAGUAAGCGGCCUGCGUUACGGCCAAGCAAACCUCGACCCCACCAAAGCAGUGAUGAGGUCACAGUCGGUGAGGUCUGGCACGAAAGGAAAAAGGCUGUGGCUGGACCCGACGUGUAAGAGGGGAGGAGAACCUCCCCUCGGGGCCGAGGCACGCUGCGCGCGGGCUGCGUGGGCGGCGGAGACGCGCGGCGCGCCGUGCCGGCCGGGGGCCCGGGGUCGCGGAGGGCAGCGGGCCCCCAAUGAAGACGUACGGCGGCCAGGGGCUCAUCUACGCAGGAUCAUCGAGGUUGGCCAGGGGCCUCCACUCAUGUGUAUGAUUUUGUCUGCUGUGUUGCCGACUUUUCUUGCGCAUUGUAUGUGUAGUCGGAGAAGAGUAGAUUGGUCUGUAAAUACAGCUAGGAUGAGAAGAGGCGGAAAAAGCAGGUGUGGUGGGAAAUGCGGGCAGAAAUUACAAGGGAAAUUUGCAGGGUGGGGGAGAAGUGUUAGCUGGAGUUCGAUCGCCCAGAGAAACGGGUCUGGCAACGGGUCCGCUUUGGCCUUUGGGUGCCUCGAAGGACCGCUUGGCGAAACCCAGCUUUAUGAGCGCGCGCCGCCGCAGCAGAUGAUGCUUUUAGCGUCAAAUAAACGCGGUCCGGCGCUCACGCGGAUCUCCGCCAAAGCUCCGGAAGAGCGGCGCGACAUAGAGGAGCAAGGGCUGUCGGUUGUGAUGAGCAGAGAGAAAGCGACGAAUUUAAGGACGAAUUGGUGA